AUGGCCUCUCCAGUUGCAGAAAAUGCCACUCACUACAGUGCUUCUCGUGGAAUAAUGCAACGGCUUAGGUCUUUGCCUGGUAAAUUGUUGGACACUCUUGCGAUAUUUGGAAAGAAAUUAGCGAAAAUAGCAAAAGAUGAUCCUCGAAGAGUCACUCAUUCUCUGAAAGUAGGGUUGGCACUCACCGUCGUUUCUUUGUUCUUCUUUCUCCGGCGUCUUUACGAUAGUUUCGGCGACAACGCAAUAUGGGCCGUCAUGACUGUCGUCGUCGUCAUGGAAUUUUCUGUGGGAGCGACUCUGGGGAAAGGUCUGAAUAGAAUGUUGGCGACGUUGCUAGGAGGUUUUCUCGGCGCUGCAGUUCAAAAAUUAUCAACUUUGUCAGGGGAGAAGGAGAAGCCUGUCUUAAUUUCACUCUUCCUCUACAUCAUAGGUGCGCUUAUAACGUUCAUGAGAUUUGUUCCACAAGUAAAGGCAAGAUAUGAUUAUGGGUUAACAAUAUUCAUAUUAACCUUCAGCCUUGUAUCAGUAUCUGGAUAUCGAGAUGAUCAGAUCCUAGAUCUUGCUUUCAAGAGGCUUUCAACAAUCAUCAUUGGCAGCUUUAUAGCUAUCAUCAUCUGUGUUUUCUUGUUCCCUGUUUGGAGCGGAGACGAUCUUCACAAUCUGCUCGCUUCUAACUUGGAAAAGCUUGGCAAUUUCUUGGAAGGGUUUGGAACUGACUUGCAACCCAAGCAUAGUGAGAGAUCAUUUGCCAAAGAAUAUGAAAGUGUUCUCACCUCCAAGACAAGAGAAGAAACACUGGCCAACUUUGCAAGAUGGGAGCCUUGUCAUGGCCAAAUAAGAUUCCGUCAUCCAUGGCAGAGAUAUCUGGAACUUGGGAACUUAACACGACAAUGCGCAUAUAAAGCUGAAGCUCUAGAUGUUUAUCUCAGGUCUUUGAUCCUGACAAGUAAUCAAGUUGGAAUCAGCAUAAAGGAUUCGUGCCAAUCUGCAAGCUUAGAAUGUGGAAAAGCAUUGAAGGUAUUAUCUUCGUCAGUUAAAUCAAUGACUUGUUUAACAUCAACAACAGCGAAGGCUCGUGUUGCAAAAGCUAAACGCUCCAUCGAAUUGAUUCAUUCUCUUUUAAGAUCAGAACCAUAUUGGGAAGGCGUUGAGCUCACGGAGAUAGUUGCAGCUGCUGCAGUUACUUCACUACUCAGUGAUGUGAUAAUAUGCAUUGAGAGUAUCAUUGAAGCUGUUGAUGAACUUUCCUCCUUAGCUCAUUUCAAAAGGACUGUGCAUUCUCCACCCGUAACGGCGACUAAUUCUAAACUUCAACCUCUGGCUCGUGAGGGGAUUUUGAAGCCUGUUUUGGAAUCUCACGAACUACGUUAUUGCGCAGUCACAAUUAAUGAUGGUUAUUCUUCAACUUUAACGAAAGAAAUAGCCAAAGUUCUGCAUCCAUAGAAGCCACUAUGAGGCAAUGAAUGGAAAUAAUGGGCAACAUAUAUAUAAAUAAUGUGUUUUUAUUUUUCACGUGUAUAAUACACUGAUUAUUUCAUUAUAGUUUUAUUUUAGAC